AUGGUGAGGUAUUUGAAUCACGUUGACUUCAAUGUAUUUUAUCUUCCACUUAUAUUACUAAUUUCACUUAAUCAAUCCAAAUCGGUAACCUCUUCUAAUGAUACAAUUAGUACGGGAUUAUCAUCAUCAUCAUCAUUUUCGUCCCGAUCAACACUUAAAUAUUUGCCUGGAUUUCCAGGACCGCUUCCUUUCCAUCUCGAAACAGGGUAUAUCGGUGUUAGGAAUAUUAGCUAUGAAGAUUCGCAAAGUAAUAACAAUGAUGGCGCUGAAGAUAUUAUGCUGUUCUAUUAUUUUGUGGAAUCGGAAAGAAAUGGUGAAGAAGAUCCCCUUGUGUUCUGGUUCACUGGUGGUCCGCGUUGCUCUAGUCUCAGUGGGAUGUUUUUUGAGAUAAGUCCUUUAAACAUGGACAUAGAUGGAUUUGAUGGUGGGUUGCCAAAAUUGGUGGUGAACAAACACUCAUGGACAAAGGUUGCCAACAUAAUCUUUCCUGACGCCCCCGUUUACACUGGAUUCUCGUACUCGAAGUCUUCACCCAAUUUGUAUGUCGGAGACAAAGAGUCAUCGCAGAGCAUCUACCAAUUUGUGAUUAAGUGGUUAAUUGGGCAUCCGGAAUUUAAAUCCAACCCUCUAUACAUAGGUGGUGAUUCAUAUUCAGGCAUCAUUGUACCCGUCGUCGUACAAUAUUUAAUACAUGAUAUUGAAAAACGGAAGUAUCCAUUCCUUCACCUGAAGGGUUACUUACUCGGGAAUCCAGUCACCGAUAACCAAUUGGAAACUAAUGCAAAGGUACCAUAUGCUUAUGGCAUGGGCCUUUUAUCAUACGAACUCUAUGAGGUAAUUCAAUUUAAUGAAGGAGAGUUGCAAGGAAAAGUACUUAAAUUUCUAGACAACGUAAAUUGCACCAAGUAUCGCCAAAAAUUCAGAGAGAGUGAAAAUCAAAAUCUGGUAUCCGGGUAUUGGGCAAAUGAUGAUCGUGUUCAAGAGGCUCUCCAUAUCAAAGAGGAUACAGUGACGAAAUGGAUUAGGUGCAACUUCACCGUGCCUUACAAAGUAGACAUUCUUAGUAGCGUGGAAUAUCAUCAAAAUAUAAGCACCAAACUUGGUUAUAGAUCACUCAUAUACAGUGGCGAUCAUGAUUUCUUGGUGCCACAUGUUUCAACAGAAGCAUGGAUACGAUCACUGAAUAUAUCCAUUAUCGAAGAUUGGCGCCCAUGGCUUCUGGAUGAUCAAUUUGCUGGAUAUACAAGAACGUACUCAAGUGGUCUGACAUAUGCGACUGUGAAGGGAGCAGGUCACACAGCUCCAGAGUACAGACCUAAAGAGAGUUAUGCCAUGUUUGAGAGGUGGAUUUCACAUGCUCCUUUAUAA